AUGUCUGACGAGCCUUGUCUCUUGUAUAGAGUCUCUGCAAUCCGGCCCUCAUGGGAUCCCACCAGUUACCACCAGCCCAACCGUCACCAUCGCCAGAGCAAUUAUUACUGUCCCGCCACCACCCCUGAUCCAGAGCGAUUACCACCCAAAGCGGUGACAUCGUCACCAGCAGAACGACCAGUCCCAAUCCUACUCCACCCAUUCUCCACACUCAUCGCGUCCAGAACGACCACGAUUGUUACAAGAGACAAGUCCAGCCAAAUCCUCUGUUUUUCCCCUCUCCAAGGUCUACCUCCCAAAGUAGUGUGA